CACACAUACGUUCCAAAUACACACAUUAGCACACUUCUAUACACUUUCACAGACCAGAGACGGACCCUCGCAGAGGAAGUCGAGAUGGUGUGGAAUGUGUGCCCUGGUUUUAUUAGGCUCUCUGUGUGUCAUAUUUUGUCAGCGCACCUCAGUACAGCGGCUCGAUGCGGAUAUUUUCAUUGGGCAUCACUACAGGGAUUACUGAACACUUUUUCCUAACAGGCAAAAUGUGGCUGUGUGUGUGUGUGUGUGUGUGUAUAUGCGUGAGGAUGUGUGAAUGAGUGUUGCGCUCACUCUAUAUAGGUCUUCUUCAGGCAAAGCCUAAUCUCGCUGAUUGGAAACUGAUUUGCGUUGAGUUGAAUUUCGCAGAAUACACAGACGUCGCCCCAGCCCUCUUACCUUCUUUACCUGUCACUCUCUUACAUCCUAAUUUCUGUCGUGACUGAGGCCAAUCUAUUCAGCCCUAACGCCCACACAUUAAGCCAUCACACUGUCUAUUUCUUCUCCUUAAAUUACUCUCUCCUAUUCUCCCCUUCUCAAUCUCCCCUCUCUUUAAACAUCUGUGUGGUGCACGUGCACGAAACGCGCCUUGAGUGUUUUGCACACCCGUCAGGAGAUGCGGGAGGAUGCUCGCACCAGAUUUAUGCUUUGGCCCUUUAAAAGCAGGCAAAGUUUCCUGGUGAACCAUUUUUCUGGUUGCCAUAGUGAUGAGCAAGGACUUGGAGAGGUGCAGUGGUACUGGGAUGCAGUGACAGCUCUUAGCAUGUGAAUUCUCACACUGAGAUAUGGAGAUGCACAGAGGCUCUGAACAGAGACGGCGAUGAGGGUUGUGAGGCCGGCGUGUUGAGCAGAACGCACACACACACUCACACACACACACACUCUCCCGGAGCAUGCCUAUCAGUCCACCUGCCGACGGCAAACAUGAGGCUCUCGACCGGCCGCGGCAGCAACACGCCCCUACCAACGGCAACCACGGAGAUGACAGCAAUUGGGCCUCUCCUGGGAGUCAAUCUACCUCCGACCCUAUGGAGGAUCUCCACGGAGGCGCAGCUGUCAUCCGCAUCGGAAUCCCUGAUUUGCAGCAAACGAAAUGCCUGCGAUUGGACCUUGAGGCUCCAGUGUGGGUUUGUAAGCAGCGAGUUCUGGUCACUCUGACACAAAGCCUGACCGAUGUGCUUAACUAUGGCCUCUACCUCCCUGCCUUUAAUGGGCGCGCCGGAAAGUUCCUCGAUGAGGAGAGAUUGCUCAGGGAGUAUCCUCUCCCUACGAUCACACCUGUACCGUACCUAGAGUUCCGUUACAAGAGGCGUGUUUACACUCAGAGCCAUGUAGAUGACAAGCAACUGGCCAAACUACAUACCAAGGCCAAUUUAAAGAAGUUUAUGGAGUAUAUACAACAGAGGUGUGUGGAGAAGGUCUGCAGGUUCCUGGAGAAAGGGCUGGACCCCAAUUUUCAUGAUACUGAGAGCGGAGAAUCUCCUCUCACUCUCGGGGCCCAGCUGGACACUUGUGCUGAACUGAUUAAGGUGUUGAGGAGCGGAGGAGCCCAUCUGGACUUCAGAACCAGAGAUGGCCUGACGGCGAUGCACAAAGCGGUCCAAACGCACAACCAUGUAGCAUUGACUACAUUGUUGGAUCUGGGGGCGUCUCCAGACUAUAAGGACAGUCGUGGGCUCACCCCCCUCUAUCAUAGUGCCAUGGUCGGGGGAGACCCGUACUGCUGCGAGCUGCUGCUGUACGAUCACGCACAGCUGGGCUACAGCGACGAGAACGGCUGGCAGGAGAUCCAUCAGGCUUGUCGUCAUGGAAACGUGCAGCACCUUGAGCACCUGUUAUUCUAUGGAGCGGAGAUGAGCUCUCAGAAUGCCUCAGGAAACACAGCACUACACCUGUGUGCCCUCUACAACCAGGAAGGCUGUGCUAGAGUUCUCCUGUUUCGAGGAGCAAAUAAAGAAAUCAAGAACUACAACAACCAAACAGCAUUUCAGGUUGCCAUCAUCGCAGGGAACUUUGACCUGGCAGAAAUCAUCAAGAUCCAUAAAACCUCAGAUGUUGUGCCUUUCAGGGAGACUCCUUCUUAUUCGUCUCGGCGGCGUGCGGUCUGCAUAUCCCCACGUCGCUCUCUAAUGCGAUCGGCCAGUGAUAACGCUCUAGAUGAGAGUCUGCCAGCUCCCUCUCCGGCCCCCUCCCUUCGCAGCCUGCCCCCCCUGGAGCCCGACGACACCGGGCCGUCCCAGCGCAGCCCGCAGGCUGCUCACACACACACACGCAGCCUCAGGAGACACACCCGCUCAGGAGGACACCUCAGUCCUGGCAGUCCCGUACAGAGAGAGCCGAGUCCUCCUGCCGUGUCUCGAGGGCCCAAGCGACGGCUGUACAGUGCGGUGCCCGGCCGAACCUUCAUCGCUGUCAGUUCUCAUUCGCCACAGGGCGAGGGUGAGAUCACACUCAACCGAGGAGAGAGGGUCAAAGUGCUGAGCAUAGGUGAAGGAGGAUUCUGGGAAGGCUCAGUUAAAGGACGAACUGGCUGGUUUCCUGCUCACUGUGUAGAGGAAGUCCAGAUGAGACAGUAUGACCCACGACUCGAGUCAACAAGAGAGGAUCGUACCAAGAGACUUUUUAGGCACUACACUGUUGGCUCCUAUGACAACUAUACCUCUUACAGUGAUUAUGUUAUAGAAGAAAAAAGUGCAACGUUGCAGAAGAGAGACAGCGAAGGAUUCGGCUUUGUGCUUCGGGGAGCUAAAGCUGAGACGCCCAUAGAAGAGUUCACACCUACUCCUGCUUUUCCUGCCCUGCAAUACCUGGAGUCAGUGGACCUGGAGGGGGUGGCAUGGAGGGCAGGGUUAAGGACGGGCGAUUUCCUCAUAGAGGUAAAUGGGGUGAGCGUAGUAAAGGUGGGACAUAGGCAGGUGGUAUCACUGAUUCGGCAAGGUGGAAGUCGGCUAGUGAUGAAGGUGGUUUCUGUCACACGCAAACCUGACACUGGAGAAGUUGUCCGCAAGAAAGCCCCGCCACCUCCCAAGAGAGACCCAAGCACCAGCCUGACCCUGCGCUCAAAAAGCAUGACUGCAGAACUGGAGGAGCUGGCGUCAAGGAGAAGGAGGGGAGAGAAGUUGGAUGAGAUGUUGAGUUCGCCCAAAGAACCGGUUGUAGUGAUGAGGCCACGCCCUGCAGAUGUAGACACCAGAGCAGCCACUGUGAAACAGAGACCGAUAAGUCGCCGCAUCACACAGGCUGAGAUCAGUUCUCUGUUAGAGAGGCAGGGUUUAAGUGCAGUAUCCUUGGCUGUGGACAAAAGUCACAUGCAGCUGCCUCGGGGAAUGUCAAGAACCAAGUCAUUUGGUGCCCCUGAAGAUGAGAGAAUCUCAGCCCUGAUUGGAGAGCAUCGCUUUCCAAGAAGCUCCUCAAUGACCGACAGCUUUAGGCAAGAUAGUAUUCCACCACCUCCACAGACAGCUCCUCCACCACCUCCAACUCCCUACUUUCUUGAUUCAGGCCCACCUCCAUCCUUUCUUCCACCUCCGCCCCCUUCUCGCGCUGCCAACCAGAGCCGUUCAAGCUUCCGCCCGGGGGCAGAGCCCAAAAUCCAUGGCCCAGUCACGACAGACCGCCAGCGAAAAACACGCUCCAUGAUCAUUCUUCAGGACACCGCCCAUUUGCCAGUGGAGCCUGCCCCUAUUGCAAGACCGCAAACGCCUACCUCUGGAGCGGUUCCUCCUGAACGUGGUCGUAGGCGUGGACCACCUGUAGAGAAUCCGUAUGCUAACGUAGGUCGUCUAAGUGCUGUCUAUACUCCUACCAAGCCCCAGCGUAGAAAGAGCCCACUAGUCAAACAAGGGCCAGUUGAGGAGGGAGCUGCUGCUCAGACUAGUAGAGAUCCUUCUCCUUUGGGAGGGUUACGGAUUCCCCACAGCAGCCGAGCAGAGCAGUUCCAACAGCAGGUUCUCUCUGAGCGAGCUAGAAUCAUACCUCCUGGGGCCCGACGCAGACCCAGUGUUUUCCUAUCUGUAGAAGGGGGCGCGACAGAGCCGCAGACAACCCCAUUGCUUUCUCAGUCCCACUCGGUGGAUGAGUUGGCUGAGUUGCCUCCACCGGCACCAAUGCUCUCCCCUGGCCCACCACCAGGGGGCACCACUUUUAUACACCCUCUAACAGGUCGACCACUGGAUCCUUCCUCACCUUUAGCGCUUGCACUGGCUGCACGAGAACGUGCCCUUAGUGGCCGGAAUACACCCACUCCCACACCUUCGCCUACACCUUCACCCACUCAAGGCCGAGCAGUAGAAAGACCCGAGACAGAAGGAGGAGCGACACCACCUGCUCCUCUCGAGGCUCCUCCAUCUAAUUCCUGGAGAGACGAACCGGUCAGCAUCACAGAAACCGCAAGCCAAGUGCCUAGCGGUAGCCCUGGGUCUGGACGAAGCCUGGAAGAGGCACUUGCCGCACCCAGCGUGCAGGGUGUUCAACCUGCGCUGAUGGAUACAGAACAUACCCCACCGGCAGUCCCACCCACUCUACCUUCCCCUGCCCCUACCCUCUCAAAUCUGACUGCUCGGAGUCUGACAAUGAGCUCUGAGGAGGAAGCAGAGCCAUACACGGUGACACUUCCACCUGCGUUGCUCUCAUCUAGUGAUGAGGAAACCAGAGAGGAGCUUCGGAAGAUAGGCCUCGUGCCACCCCCUCAACCCUUUGCUAAUGGCCUUCUAAUUAAAGAAACACCCAAAGCCACUCUAAACAUUUCACCAAGUGGAUCACGUCCAUCCAUUGCCAAGACCUCCUCUGGGAAAGCAAGCGAUUCGACGGCAGACUCUGGGGUUGAAGACCCACAUAUGGAGACCACCAGUACUGUUUCCACAGUCUCCAGCAUGUCCACUUUGUCUUCAGAGAGCACAGACUCCGCUCAUGCAAGCAAACCACGUUGUGGGGUGGGGCGUGGUCGCCCCGCCCAUCUCAGGGACCCACUGCUUAAACAGUCAUCAGACAGUGAGCUGCUUCCACACCCACCCAGCACAGGCCCCAGCCGUCCACGCUACCUAUUCCAAAGACGCUCCAAACUCUGGGGGGAGGAGCCCCGGGCCCAGAUGAGUGGGUCUGAGGAAAGUCGGCCUGCUGCUAUGGGAGCAGAGUUGCUAGGCAAAGACUCUCAUUCACUGGGGGAGGAGCCACCAAUGGGAGCACCACUUGACCCUGGCAGGAGAUCACCUGUGGGAGGUGCCAGAUGUGAGGAGAUUGGAGGAGAGAGUAAAUCACUCUUUAGUAGUUUAGGGGAGCUUCACACCAUCUCUCAGAGGAGUUACGGCACCACCUUCACAGUCCGGCCUGGCAGCCGAUACCCAGUGACCCGUAGGACUCCAAGCCCUGGAGCCACCCCUGAACGGAGUGAACCAUUGGGGCCUGUCCGUACAUUCGGCCCUCAUCACCAUCAUCACACUAUACUCAAGUCUUCUAGCCUAAGUUUGCCCCAGGAGCCCAAGGAGGUGCGUUUUGUCAUGAGGAGCGCCAGCGCUCGAGCCCGCAGCCGUUCUCCAUCCCCCUCACCAUGCGCCUCCCCCUGCCCCUCACCGGUACUGGGAGCCCCUCUCCUGGCCCUGCGACCAUUCAGACAGCGCCCCCUAGCACUGUGGAGUAAGUAUGAUGUGGGAGAGUGGCUAGAGAGCGUGGGAUUAGGGGAACAUCGUGCCCGCUUUUUGGAGCACGAGAUUGAAGGCGCCCACCUGCCUGCCCUGACCAAGGACGAUCUGGCCGAAUUAGGGGUGACGCGGGUGGGACACCGAAUGAACAUCGAACGUGCACUGAAGCAGUUGCUAGAGAGUUGAAGAGAGUCAAAAUGCAGGAUAUAGUUCCAUCAUAAAAUUAUUUAAUAAUUUAACUUGUUCCAAAGUCUAAAAUCAUAGAUUCCAACCCACUUUUUUAGCAUUGCACAGCCCUUACAUAAUAUAGAUUUUACCCCUGAUUUAACACCCACAAAAUCCACCAUGUUUCUUCACCAGUUUGCCAGCUACUAAGAGUAAAAAGAAAACAUGCUGGACAGGAGUGUGGACCCACUGCGCAAUAUCUGCUAUUUUCAGCUACAGGUCGAACUGGCCAUGUUUCAAAUGGGUCUUCUGCACAAUAAAAAAUGAUAUAGCCAGCAAGCAGCCAUUUCCUUCUCAUGCCAUGUUUUACAGUCAAAUGAUGAUGAGGAAGGUGUGGCAAACCCCACUGACUGCUCUCACAUUACCAGUUUAGGAAUAUCUUCACCAUCUGCAAUUGUGUGCAUUUCCUGCUUACAGGAGAGAGACUUCUGAAUUUUAGAAAGCAGUGUCAACUUGGGUAAAAAAGAGAAUAGAAGAGUUUAAACCUCUCCUGUAAACAAUACCAAUGCUUCCAAGUGCCCGGAAUUUACAGUAUGUUCACAGACCAUUUUACAACUCAACAGUAGAUAGCCAUGUUAAUGGUGAUUGUAAGAUGCAUUGCAGCAACUGGACUUGGCAUGUGAAUGCAACAUGUCCAAGCAAGAAAGGAUCUGACAAUCUGCCCUAAACCAGGAGGAAAAAAAACUUCUCCCAAUACAAUACAAGUGUGGCCUUGAGGUAAUACUGCCGCCAUCUAAAAUUUGUUAAAGAUAGAUAUUUUCAAUCAGUACAUUCAAUUUUAUAUGUAUAUGAUAUAUAUGGAGUUAUAUACAGUAUAUAUUCAAAAAAGAAUGUAUGAGAAUAAGGUGAGAUAUACUUGUCUUAUACCCUGUGAGAUUGUGUCAUAUUUGGUCUUACUUUAUAUUUGUUAUUUUAUUUGUCAAUUAUCAACCAAUACCCUAACACAAACACAGUAACUAUUUUUUCCCCAUGGUAUAACUUGUGAUUUGUGAGUUAUAAACAUAAUCUUUGGACUAGUUCAUGGUCAGUUAUUUAAGAACUUCAUAAUUACGGGCGGACCUUUUUUGUCUAUUAUGAAUAAAUGCUCGGUAAGUCUGUAUGUAGAAUAACUGUUUUGUUUAAACAGAGGAUUUGAAAUACCAGGGGAUUUAGGUAUACAUUUAUUUGUUACCUUUUGUAUAUGAUAACUAAUAAUAAUAAUCAGUUUAUCAUUUCAUGCUGAUCAAUUUGUGAAUUUAAGACGUAACAACAUUUCUUUGACAUGGUCUAUUUGGUUACGUAUUGUGGAAUUACUCAUUUGGGAUUUAAUUCUUAUCAAGGCUUUCAGUUUAGAACAUUACGAGCAAAAUAUGCUACCUAAGGGCUUUUAACAGACAAAUUAAACAGUGUUAUUAAAAAUCUGUUUCAAUGCAGACUGCUAAACUCGUGAAUUUGUCUGAUCCCCAGUUAUAGGAAAAUCUACAACUUAAAGUAAUAACGUGGCACAUGCAAAGCUUAUGCUUACGGGCCUUUAACAGCAGUGUGGCCCUGACCCUCAUGACCCCAUUUGUGCAAACACACAUUUUUGUUUCUAGUAAAAAAAAAAGUAUAGUGUGACCAAAUUACUAAAAGUAAUCUGACUACAAUCAUAUCUACUGUGAAUAUAAAAUUAUUUUUCUCAAUCCCCAAGAUUGUCGUAUAAAUAAUCCAGCAAAUGUUGAGAUUAUAUUGUGUCAAAAUUAUCUGGUAACUAGCUUGACUGGUUUAUUGUGUUUUUUAAGCUGGGACAGUAGGCGUUGCUGUGGUUUACACAUUUAACUAGUUGAACUCUGCCAACAGAGGGGGAAAAUCCUCACACUUGUCUCUCCUCCGGUUGGUCAAUUUGCACAAAGAUGUGGGUGCUACUGUUUAUAAGCCAUCUGCAUAAAAUAUUACUGUACUUCCCUUAUAUGUCCCUGUCCUUCUCCCUCUCUUCCGAUCCUCACUCAUUUACACUCUCAAAGACAAUUAUGUAAUUAAUUACUGCAGCCAUGUUCUUUUAGUUUACUACUUUUAGGAGCUCUCUCUUCUAUUGUUGACACCUUUUUUUGUAUUCUUUGUUGGAUGAAGUGAUUUGAGGAUCAAGUUUUGGACAUGUUUGCUUUAAAAUGAGAAAAUGUAAACAAAAAAUAUAAUUUGACUUGUCUGUUAUUAAAGAUCAUCUCUCAGGC